AAGCUCUGCCUUCAACUUGCGCAAGUUUCACAUCACCUUCCUUCCAAGCUCCUCGUCAUCGCAGACACAGGCCUCAGGAGGCCUCGUAUCGCUCCCUCCCUUGAGGAAAGUGUCUAUAUCACCAAGGCAUCAUUUCCCCCGGCGCGGUCCUAGCAAGCAGCUCUUGAGGAGCUGGCGACGUCCUCGCAAGCCGAGUCAAUCACGCCUCAACAUAUCCAGUAUUCCUGCGCCCUUAGUGGUACCGGCUCCCGGCGGGCCAGAUUAAACACAGCCGUCCGCGCUCCUUUGCUAUCGAUCUGCUAGCCGCAGAUCCAAGAUGAACCCUUCCGCUUACGACGCCACCAUGACAGAGGAACAACUGGGCGAGCAUUACAACUGGAUGACCAAAUAUGGUCGCAUACAGACACGUCACUCUGCGUUCAAUUCCUCUCUUUACUAUCUUAUCUUCCUGGGCUUCGUGAUUUGGCGCAUGCGCACGCGAAGAAACAACGCACACAUCCUCCUUGCGAUCCACAUUCUUCUCAGACUCGCAGUCUGGCUCUUCCGCUGCGUGCUAGUCUGUUUUCCUCACCUCGGAUAUGGCUCUGCAGGCAACAAGCUCCAGGCUUCAUGGUUCUCGAUAUACGCCGGUGGUCUCGUCCCGCUAAUUCUGGCAGUCUUUUGCGGCGCAGAUAAUCAUGCACGUGCGGUGGGUGAUGUGCAGUGCUCCAGAUCUUUGACAAUACUGGCUGUGGGGAAAAUGACGGCUUUCGGUCUGUGUGUCUUGGCCUUGGCAAGUGGCGUCCUCGGCGAACUCAUGCAAGCACUUGGAACCCAGCACUGGGUCCAGGAAAAUGGACACGACUCGUACGAGCUUUCACAUGGUUUCUGCCUCUUGGUCCUUCUCUUUGCGACAGCUCUGUGCAUCAUAGCCCUGGCGCGGCAAAAUGAGGUUCGUCAGGAUUGUCGGAAGCACCUGCGCGAGAUGAGAAAAGGUCUGCAGGCGGAUGAUGAAGAGCGCAGUCAAGAGUUUCGGAUCCAUGAGAAGGACGACGGACAAGAAGCCCCGAAGAAGUCGUGCAGAGGACCUUCAGUCACCUUCUCCCCGUCAGAUGCGACAUUGAGCUACGCCGAGCGAAGGGCCCGUGCAGCGUCCCGAGCUACAGUAUGGUCUGCAGAUAGCCCUCUGAUCGAGUCUACAGGCGCGGCGUCUGCAAUGCCAAGCUCUAGAGCUGUCAGCGACGGUAUGCUGUCUCGGAUGCAAGCCAUGUCACCCGGGAGGGCGGUCGUUGCGGACUUGCCCAGCCCACCGCGCGCGGCGGCUCGCACGAGCAGGGAGUGUCACAAGGAGGCUCGAUGCGUUUCAAUCAGAACUCUUGUGGCUGAGCAGGUCGCCUACGAAGAGCAGACACUACCAAAAGCCAAGCCAGUCUGGCUCCUGCUUCUCGCGACAGUGCUGCUCAUCCUCCGACAAGUCGCUCUGCUCAUGACUUGGAACGCAUACAGGAAGCAAAUGCACGAGCUCUUUCUCUACACGAUGGAAGAGCAGCCUGAAAUCUUUGCGACUAUUUUGCUGCUGAUAGAUGGUGUGCUUGCAUCGUCAGCGAGCUCGCAGCCUCGAGUGACGCCGUACCUGGACAUUGAACGACCAAAGUGGGGACAGACUGCACAUAGCCGCAACCUUUUGUCACGGGGGCGAAAUGGCAAUCAUGGGUGUGCCUGUAGUCCACGCAGCUAUCAGGAGGACAGACCGACGACUGCAUCAGCUAGAGGCAAGCAAGAUGCUUCGUGCCAAUCGAUGCCUCCUUCUUAUGGCACCUCGCAGAGCGGAUCGUCAGGACACAGCUGCGGACGAGGCAUCAACGCAGCACUCGCGCCCUCAACAGAAGCCGACACAAGGAUGUCAGCGCGCUACUAUUCUUCGACCGCACGAGGCGUGGCGCGCAAUGCAUCGAGUGGUUCCGACAAGACCUUGUGCGAAGGUGGAAAGGGUAGCUUCGAAGAGCUUGAGUCUCGACCACUCACACCACAGGCUCAUACGGGCACUCUGCUCACUCCGUGGCAGACACCCUCUCCACCUCAACGUAGAUCCAAUUCGAGCGCGUUUAGAUCAAGAGCGACCACAUCGACAUCUUUGCAGCGCUCCGUGACUUGCGAUGUUCUCUCAUCGAGCACGUUCAGGGGUAGCCCUACAUCCCCACGACGCGCAGCUCUAGCGUCCAAAUCGACAUUGCCUCUCAAGCCACUGGUGCUCAAAGCUAAGGUGAUGACAUCUCAAGGUUCUUUCACAGCAGGCUUGAAGCUCACACCGAGUCCGUACGAUGGGACGGGUCGCGAACUCCUCAGUGGCCGCUUGUACUCGCCUCCGCGCUCUUAUGAUCGAACCAACAUGUUCUAGACGCGGUUCGAUUUAGGACAGCCAGAUGUACGAUCAAGAUUACAUGGUGUCAUCGAUCGGAAUCGCUCUCACUUUUCCGGCAGUAGGUAUCGCUGCUCGCGCUAGACGCGCACGUAGUCCCAUAUGGGGAUAAAAG